AUGGAGAACACCAAAGCCUCUGUUAUCCUCUGCCUUGCCCUCUUCCUUGUCUUCUCUUCGGCCUCGGCCUUUGACAUCGUCAAGCUUCUCGAGAAGCAGUCGGAACUGAGCAGCUUCACCAACUACCUCAAGGAGACCAAGCUCGGCGACGAGAUCAACAAGCGCAGCACCAUCACAGUGUUGGCAGUGGACAAUGGGGGCAUGUCAAGCAUCUCCGGAAAAUCCCAAGAUGUGAUCAAGAAAAUCCUCAGCGCACACGUUGUUUUGGAUUACUUCGACCAGAAGAAACUGACCAGUUUGGCCGGUUCCAGCAAGGAAUCAACCCUAACCACAAUGCUCCAGUCCUCUGGCCAGGCCAAGGACCAGCAAGGGUUCAUCAUUGUCGGUAAGAGCGAUGGAGAAAUUGCUUUCGGGUCAGCUGUCAAGGGCGGCAAGCUCAACGCCAAGCUCGUGAAAGCCGUUGUCUCCCAGCCCUACAACAUUUCAGUUCUUCAAAUCUCAAAUGCGAUUGAAAUUCCCGACAUUUCUGCUGCCUCUAGGCCUGCCGGCUCGCCAAAGUCCUCCGCAUCACCAGCUUCUUCUCCAUCAAGCAAAUCAUCCUCUGAUGCUCCCAGUCCCUCUGAUGACAGUGCCCCAAGCCAAUCACCCAAGUCAUCAAAGGCACCCUCGCCAUCAGAUGAGGUUUCAUCCCCACCGGUGUCUGGUGAUGCUACACCUUCAUCCUCACCAUCUAGUGAUGGACCAACCGGAUCAUCAAGCUCUGCACCUUCACCGUCUGCUGCUUCACGUGCUGAGAUGGCUUUUGGCGCCGGAGUGGUGAUCAUGGGUUUGGCUUCCCUUUUGGUCGCUUAA